UGAGUGCUUGAGUGUAAGGAUCCCAUCUGGACCAUUUGGAUCUCUUUCUCCAUACCUGUAGCUUCUUUUAUCUUGAACAUGAGCAGCAGGAGGAAACGUGCAGCGCCUGUCCGUAUGGACGAAGAGACCAAGGAGAAACUAAACUGGAACAUGCAUGAGCACCGCAGGACUGAGGGGGAUUUUGAGGACCUUGAGGCAUUCCCCCAGUCAUCUGUGAGCUAUCAGCCUGACCCUGUUCCUGAUGUGAGCAAUGCAGAGGUACUCAGCUGUUCCUCCCUUCUGCCUGCAGAAAAGGAGGAGGAGGAGGAAGCAGGGAGCUCCAUGCAGGACUUCUUAAAAGACACCACUGAGCUUAAUGUGCCUUCAGUGUUUGCGCUGGGUUCAGGCUGGAAAGCUCUGAUUGGAGAGUUUGAACUCUAUCCAAAGGUCCCUGUUGAGCUUGCAAACGUUACCUUUUGCCUGCAGCAGACUGGAGAUGUUCUGUCAAUAAAUCUAACUAGCACAAGCUCAGAGGAGCUCACAAGCUGCCCUGUCGAGUGCUCAUUUGGUGGAUUAUUGCUGGAGGAUUUGGACUGGCUGCAGAAAAGAAAGGUCAUACAGCUCUGUCAUUUAUCUGGAGAAGGAUCUGUAAAGCUAAAGAUAUUUCUUUUGGAGUCAGGAUUGGGACGACCAGAGUUCCUCAGUGAAGGAAAUGGACGCUUAAGAAGAGCCAGUCAGCUCUUGCAAAAACUAAUGGAAUUGUUCCAUGACUUCAUUAUCCCUGAGAUCAUGGAAAAUGCAGAAGAAGAAUGUGACACUGAUCUGGAGAGGCAGAACGUGGAAGAACUCUAUGACUACGUCAGACACGUUCACCAAAGAGAAGAGCAGAAGCAGAGUUUUGAUGUACAGCAACCAGCCCUCAUCCCAGUGCUCCGGCCGUACCAGAGUCAGGCUGUCAACUGGAUGCUGAUAAAGGAACGGUACAAGAGUGAAUUCUCCCAAGAACAAAAACUACAUUUCCUUUGGAGGGAAGUGAUCACGGUGUGUGGAAAGAAGCUGUUUUAUAACCCCUACACGGGCUGUCUGAUCCGGGAGUUUCCGCUGGCUGGGGUGGACUGGCCUGGAGGAAUCCUUGCUGAUGAGAUGGGGCUGGGAAAGACUGUAGAGGUGCUGGCCCUUAUUUUGAGCCACACUCGCCAAGGCCUAAAGCAGAGUACGCUCACCUUACCUGUGGGACAGUCAGUGAACUACUAUGUCCCUCCUCCCCCAUUAGAGAAGCAAAGUAUCAAGCAGUGUGAGAUAAAGCCAAGAGAGAAAAUCACCCACCCUGCUGUCCGUGUGAUGCUUCUGACUGCCAUUAAGGAAAUGAAAGUUGGUAAAGGAGCCUCAAUCAAUGCCAUUUUUACGUACCUCCGGACUAUGUACAAAUAUGACCCUCUGAAAAACCGCAACCACAUUAAAAGGACGCUGACAAAAACUAUAACGGAAGGUUUAGUGGAACAGGUCAAAGGUCGAGGAUUAGCUGGCUCCUUCAAGCUGGGAAAGAACUACAAAGAAAAGAAGAAGAAACCCGUUACCCCACAAAAGCCAACUGGGGAGGCUCCUCACAGGAGAACAUCACGUCGUUGUGCAGGCCAGGAGCGAGAAGCAGUUAUAAACUCCUCAAGUGCAGCUUCUGACUCUGAGGACACAAUGUGCAGCCUGGACCCUCCUGUACUCGCAGAGGAACCAAAGCAAGAGCAUGAUUCACAAGCAGAUUGUGAGAAAGAGACCGCGGAUUGCCAUGUGGCUAAUGCUAAACCAGAGCCGAUGGAGAGUAAUGAAAAUCACCAGCUAGAAAAUCCUCAGUCAGAUAUUACCCAAGGUUCACAGUCAGAGCCUUUUCAUCCUCCAAUUCGAGCAUCUGUGGUUCCCUUCAAUACAACCGAUUACCGGUUUGAGUGUAUCUGUGGGGAUCUGGGCCUGGUGGACUAUAAAGCUCGGGUGCAGUGCAUGAACUGUCUGCUGUGGCAGCAUGCUGAGUGUGUGAACUACAAGGAGGAGAACCUGGCGACUACUCCAUUCUACUGCCCACACUGCCUAGUGGCCAUGACUCCUGUUCCCACUGGUGCCACUCUUAUCAUUUCCCCCAGUUCCAUAUGCCAUCAGUGGGUCGAAGAAAUCAACCGGCACAUCCGCUCUUCCUCUCUUCGAAUACUGGUGUACCAGGGUGUGAAGAGGCAUGGGUUCAUUCAGCCUCAUAUCCUGGCUGAGCAGGAUGUGGUCAUCACCACCUACGAUGUGCUGCGUACGGAGCUGAACUAUGUGGAUCUCCCGCAUAGUAACAGCAAAGAUGGCCGACGCUUUCGUAACCAGAAACGCUACAUGGCUGUGCCAAGCCCCCUGGUAGCUGUGGAGUGGUGGCGUGUGUGUCUGGAUGAGGCUCAGAUGGUGGAGUGCACGACAGCCAAGGCUGCAGAGAUGGCGCUGAGACUCACAUCCAUUAAUCGCUGGUGUGUAAGUGGAACUCCAGUACAAAGAGGUCUAGAAGAUUUGUAUGGACUUGUUUUGUUUCUGGGAGUUGACCCAUACUGGGUGAAGUACUGGUGGGAUCAGCUGCUAUAUAGACCAUAUUGCCGUGGAAACACAGGCCCACUCUACAGUGUCAUUGGCCAGCUACUGUGGCGAUCUGCCAAAAAAGAUGUUAUCGACCAGAUCCAAAUUCCUGCUCAGACAGAAGAGAUCCACUGGCUUAACUUCUCUCCCGUGGAAGGCCACUUUUACCAUCGCCAGCAUGAGGUCUGCUCACAGGAUGCUCUGCUUAAGUUGAGGAAGAUCUCAGACUGGUCGCUGAAAUUGGGCAGCUUGGACCGUCGCACGGUCAACACCAUCCUGUACCCACUGUUGCGCCUGCGCCAGGCUUGCUGCCACCCUCAAGCUGUCAGGGGAGAGUUUUUGCCCUUCCAGAAAAGUACAAUGACGAUGGAAGAACUGCUGAAGUCCCUGCAGAAAAAGUGUCGUGUUGAGUGUGAGGAGGCUCACAGGCAGCUGGUGUGUGCUCUCAAUGGUUUGGCAGGAAUCCACAUUAUCAGAGUUGAGUUUAUCGAGGCAGCAGAGAUGUACAGAGAAGUGCUUAGAUCAUCAGAAGAACACAAAGAUCGGCUUAAAACGGAUUCUCUGCAGAGGCUUCAUGCUACACACAAUUUGAUGGAGCUACUAAAUGCCAAGCAUCCUGGCAUACCACCUACUCUUCGAGAUGAUCGUCUGAAAGAGGAGGCAGAGCAGUUGAAACAACACUACAUGACUAAGGUCAGUUCUGAAGUGUCUGAAGCUCAGCAGAACCUCCUACCUGUACUUCAGAACAUUAGAGACCUCAAACGCAAGGUUAACCUGCGUUCCCCCUGGUGGUUAGACGUCAUUCAGCAGGCCAUUCAGUACUCAGUGGAUGAUGACUUGGUUGGCCGCAUCCAAAACGAGCUUACCUGCAGCUAUAAACAGCAAGCCAAUAAACUAUCAAUGGCUGACAAGUUCCGGGAUGCCCGAGGUCUCCAGUUUUUACUCAGCACUCAGAUGGAUGAACUGAUGACAUCCCAGAAAAGCGUUCAGGAUGCUGUAAAAGAGCUAGAAGUUCCACCGUCACAGGAAGUCAUUGAGGAGGCGACAGCUUGUCACCUGAGGCCUGUGCGCCUUCCGCUCAACAACUGUGUAUUUUGCAAAUCUGACGAACUCUUCACAGAUUAUGAGUCAAAAUUGUUUUCUCACACAGUUAAAGGACAGACAGCCAUCUUUGAGGAUAUGAUUGAGGAUGAGGAGGGAUUGAUGGACGACAGGCUUCCCACAACUAGUCGCGGUCUGCGGGCAGCCAGUGAGACCGAACGCACCCUGAAAGCCAUCUUGUCCUUUGCCAAGAUCCGCCGCCUGGACUCUGAACUUAUAGAGGAGGGCAAUACUUUUAUGGAGCUCUUUGAGUUCUGGAAAAAGGAGUACAAGGUGUUGCAUGAGUACUGGAUGACGUUGAGGGAUCGAGUGUCAGCCAUAGAUGAGCUGGGUAUGGCUACAGAAAGACUGCGUGUGCGUCUUCCUGAUGAGCCCAAGCCGAAAGUGCUGCACAUCAUAGAGCCACAUGAGGUGGAGCAGAACAGAGUGAAACUGUUGAAUGACCGGGCUGUUGCUAAAUCGCAGCUACAGAAAAAGCUUGGACAGUUUCUCUAUCUUACCAAUCUGGAGAAGUCACAGGAUAAAUCAACAGGAGGUCUGAAUCCAGAGCCAUGUCCUAUCUGUGCUCGCUCUCUGGGUCAGGAGUGGGCCGUGCUCACCUGUGGACACUGUUUCUGUAAUGAGUGCAUUUCCAUCAUUGUGGAGCAGUACAGUGUUGGCAAUCGAAAGAAAGCUAUAAAGUGUGCUAUCUGCAGGCAAACCACUUCCCACACCGAAAUUUCCUAUGUCUUCACCACCCAGGCUGCAGACCAGGACCAGGAAAUUCCUGUCAAAGGAAGUCACUCCACUAAAGUAGAAGCUGUGGUCCGAGCCCUUAAGAAAAUCCAGAUGACUGACAAAGGAGCUAAAUCUCUUGUAUUCUCUACGUGGCAGGGCGUGCUAGAUAUCAUUGCAAAAGCACUCUUUGAUAACAACAUGGAGUUCUCACAGAUCAACGGGAUUCAUAAAUUUCAGGAGAACUUGAGUUCUUUCAAGUAUGAGGAGAAUAUCAACAUCCUGCUGUUGCCGUUGCACACAGGGUCAAACGGCCUGAACAUCAUCGAGGCUACCCACGUGCUACUUGUCGAGCCCAUUCUCAACCCAGCACAUGAGCUUCAGGCCAUUGGCAGAGUGCACCGCAUCGGCCAAACCAAACCCACUUUUGUGCACCGGUUCCUGAUCAAGUCCACUAUCGAGGAGCGCAUGCAGGCCAUGCUGAAAACAGCAGAGAAAAGUCACAGUGCUACAGCCAUGAAGCACUCUGAGGCAUCAGUGUUCACAGUGGCUGACCUGGCUGAGCUUUUCACUGAGGAUAGCGACACACUGGAAUGAGACUGGUCAAUCACAGCCUCACAGUCUGGCCAGUGAGCACCACAACCAGCAAGAAGGAGCAGAUAAAAAGGGACCAUUACAGUACUAAUCAGUAUACAAGCUCUCCACUGCUCCACUCCACUUUGCACUUUUAGAUGCUAGUUCCAGUGAUUGUAAUUUAAAUUAUUAUCUUAGUGUUAUGUUCUCAUCAUACUGGUCAAGUUGACAAGGCUAUUCUCCGUGUGAAAUUCUGUCCUAAAACCACCUGCUAGCUUUAAAAAUAAAAUAAAUUCACUGAUUGUGUUAUUAAAAUUACAGCCUCAGGAUUAUUGAAACAACACAUAAUAACAUAGAGGUGCUGUUAUCAUGAUACAGACUGCAUUUCACUGUGGGUCAAGGACAAACAAGCAACAAAGGUGCAGAGGUGAGCCUCAUAUGUCAGUGGACAGGUUCGUAUGGUAGAGAUGAACAUUUUGGUAUUUUAAAACUUAAUUAGCGUAGCUUUUUUUUUGAUUAGCCAGAGCAAUAUGCCUCUAUGUACAUAUAUUGAUCAGAGUGGUCUGUUGUAGUAUCCUCAGUUUCCAUGCAUUAUUACUGACAUCAUGUACCACUGUUGAAAAUGUAAGUAUUUAUGAAAUAUAAAUAGAGUAGCACUGCCUUUUUGGCAUUGUUAUGAUCCCAGUGUAUCUGUUGUAAGGAUGUGAAAUUUGGGACCAGUGGCAUUUUGUUUCACUUUUCCAGACUAACAAGAACUCUAAUGACAUUUUAGUACAUUCAUUUCUUCUGGUUAACAUGUCACACCACCAACUUUUGAAAAGAAAUACUAUUUUUAGUUUGUGCAUCCAAAAGAUUCACAUCUUAAAGGAGUUUUAUUUUCAGCCAAAGAGUAUGAACUCUUCAUGUUUUAUUUCUGUCAGAUGUCUACGAUUAAGUAAGGUUAAAUACAAUUGUCUGUUAGUUGUCUGUAUAAUCAUUAGUGCAGUGAUGGCACAUUCCUCCAGAAGUGUUGCACAAGGUGAUGUUUGUUUGGGGAAAAAUUAACAGAUUCAUUUUUGUUAAAAAUGUCAAAUGUGUUGGGUUUUGUUUUUUUUGUUUUUUUAAAUGAUGAGCUGUAUUUCUGUAUUUGAGUUUUUAAAAAAAAUGUUAUGAAGAUGUAAAAUGUAAAUGUCUCAAAGAAAGAAACCACCAGUUUUUACAGCUUUUGAAGGGUGACGUUGUGAAUGGUCCAUGCUAACAUUUUAGCUAUUUGCAAGACAUUCAAUGUCCAUAAAACUUUCAGAAAAUAGAAGGA